CCCAAUAGCAUUAGCCGUCAUUUCACUGGACUGUUGUUGAUGUCAGCUAGGCACUGAAAGGGGUUUUAUCAACAGCAUUAAAGUUUAUGCUUUUCAUGACAAGUGAAGCAUGUCUACCCGGGCUCUUCGAAGGCUGAGGGGGAAGCCGCGGGGUCAGGAGGCCCUUGACCUCGGGGAGCUAACUUUGGGUGAUAGCCCUGAGGAGGAGCAGGCUGGUGCUGGUGAAGAGGAGCAGCUGGACACGGCUAAUGUUUCCCCUCCGUCCACCAGAAAACCAAACAACCGAAAAUCAAAGAAGAACAAGGCUCAGAAAAACGUCAGCAACAUUUAUGAGCUGAUAUGUGAUGCAGACAACGAGGCAGAGAGAAUCUCUCAAGAUGAAGAGGCAGAGAAACCAGAUGGAAAUACAUCAAAUGGUACAGAAAAGAGUGAGAGCAUAGAUGUUGAGAAAACCAAGGACUCAAACAUGAAGUCUGAAAACCGAGUCAAAAAGAAAAAGAAGAAGAAGAAGACUAAAGCGACAUCAGAAGGUGUACAGGAGGCUGGACCAAAUGACGACAUUGAUGUGUUGCUUCAGAACUUGGAGCAGUCUAAUGGUUUUAGUUUGCAAAAUGAAGAAUGCGGUGGCACAGAUAGGAGAGCGGUGCUUCAUGUGGAGCACAGAAAUCUCAACCCAGAGACGGAGCUGAAAAGAUAUUUUGGGGCUCGAGCUGUUCAAGGAGAUCAAAGACCACGACAGAGAAACAGACAGUUUCACCGCAGCACCUGGAUGACCAGCCCUAAAGACAGCUGGCCUCGCUUUAGCCGCACAGGAGUCUCAAUGGCCUUACUGGAGUCAAAGGAUGGCGCGCAGUACUUCGCUUUUGAGCACAGUCGGGAUUACCAGCAAGUACAGUUCAAGUUUCUGGAUGCAGUCGAGUCCAUGGAUCCCAACAACAUUGUGGCCCUGGUGCAGCUGAACCAGUACCACAUUGACUCCCUGCUGCAGCUCUCUGAUGUCUGCCGCAUUCAGGAAGAUCAGGAGAUGGCCAGGGAUCUCAUUGAGAGAGCCUUGUACAGUUUUGAAUGUGCUUUUCACCCUCUCUUCAGUCUGACCUCAGGUGCCUGCAGACUUGACUAUCUGAGACCAGAGAACAGGGCAUUUUAUCUGGCUCUUUACAAGCACAUGAUGUUCCUUGAGAAGAGAGGAUGCCCCCGUACAGCUUUGGAGUACUGCAAACUGAUCCUGAGCUUGGACCCAGAUUCUGACCCACUUUGCAUGCUCCUGCUUAUUGAUUUCCUGACGCUGCGUUCCAGAGAGUACCAGUCACUCCUUCAGUUAUAUCAGGACUGGGAGGUUCAUAGAAAUCUGUCUCAGCUGCCAAACUUUGCAUUCUCCACUGCACUUUGUCAUUUCCACCUCAGUCAGCAGGAGGAUCUGGAUCCUGAAGAAAGUGUUAGGCAAAGACAGAGAGCUGAUAUCAUGCUGCAGAAUGCUCUCAUCAUGUUUCCUGGAGUACUGAUGCCUCUGCUGGAUCUGUGUGCGGUGCAGCCAGACGCCACAGUAACCUCACAUGCCUUUUUUGGCCCCAAGAGUCAGAUUGGGCAGCCUGCAGCACUGGCUGAGCUGACGGCUCUGUAUGUGGGGAGAACUUGCAGCCUGUGGAGGGAAGCAGCAGUAAUGCUGUGGCUAGAGGAAUCAGUGAAAGAGGUGCUGUGUCGAGUUGAUGCCAAAGACCCGCUGGUGGAGGACUGUCAAAACAAGAGAAAGCAGAGGUACCAGAGUGCACCGAGGAACAUCCAUCGUCACGUCCUCCUCUCUGAGAUCAAAGAAGCCAUCUCAAGCCUGCCUUUAGAGGUGACCAGUCAGCCUGUGAUGGGCUUCGACCCUCUGCCUCCACUGGACUCAGUGGUCUCCUACACCCGACCAGAGAGGCAGCAUGUUGGUGCGUCUAAUGAGAGCACGUUAUCGCUGUUUUUUCGCUCUUUGCUGCCAAACUUCAACCUUCAGGGUGGACCAAGGCAGGAGGAUGACAUGGGUGUGGCUCGAGCUGGCCAGGAGCUUAACCAAGAAGUGGAUCGUCUGAUGGUGGCCAUGAGGGAGAUGCUGGCAAACAUCAGGUUUCAGGAGCCGCCCAGAGAGGACAACCCCUACAGAGAUGAGGAGGAGUGGGACUGAGAGUGGCUGAGGGAGACAGAGGCGACAUUUUAGAAUGAAGAGGUCUCCAACAGAAAAAGAGAAUUAUGUUUCAGAAAAAUUGAAACAUCUCAUUGAUUUAAUUAUGAUUAAAAGAAAUAGAAUGGGACUAUUAAACUGUGUUUUAGAUAUGAGUAUAGGAAGAGGAAGGCAAUCCAGACAUUUAUAACACGGAUAAAAAGCAUGAACACAUUACAGGACAUAGCUCUACUUCCUCAUUGUUCUGGUUUUCAGAAAGUGCUUUAUACUCACAUAAAGUCAACAUCUUCAUGGUACUGAAACAGCUGGAACAGUUCAUAGGUUGAGGUUAGAAUGUCAAUAUGUAUCAGAAAUUGAAAAUCUGUCCUGAUAAAUUUAACUUAAAUUACAUGUUUCUGAUAAUAAAAAGGCCCACACUCAACAAAUCGAUUUAUAAAUCACCAUAACAUGUUCACUUUCAAUUAAGAUAUAGUGGGAAAACUGAAGCUUAAUCCAUUAUUUUGCACAUUUCUUUUUAUGCAAUAUAAUUUUUCUGGUUUAAUUCAAAGCAAGGCAAGCGUUUUUAAUCUGUUAAACCUCUUUUAUUUUGGGGCCUUUGUAUUGGAAUUAAUUUAUUGGAAAGAAACAACUCUCUACUGAGAUACAACUGUCUAACCAUGGUGUUAUCAGACUUAAUUGUAUAGGGUGAAGCAUUUUUGAAGAAUUACUGCAACUACAAUCAUCUUGUACAGAUAUUACUGUAAUGUAAAAAAUGUUGAGUCAAGGCAUCAAAUAAAAACGUCAAUAAAUGUGAA